CUCUCACUCGCCCCUAUACUACCUUCCUCAACUCCUCUUAGGGAUAGUGAUAGUGACCGUUGGAGUAGCCAGAUAGUCAUCAUAUACUCUCACCUAUAGCUUCUCUCCUCUCCGCUCGUUCUGUCUUCCCAUCAUGGCUCGUAGAUAUGACAGUAGAACAACCAUCUUCUCUCCGGAAGGUCGAUUGUACCAAGUCGAAUAUGCAAUGGAAGCCAUCUCUCACGCCGGUACCGUCCUCGCCGUCUUAUCAAAAGAAGGUAUAGCCAUUGCUGCUGAAAAGAAAGUAACGGGGAAAUUACUCGAUCUUUCCCUUGCCCCUGGGGGAGAAGGUAUGGGGGGUGAAGGUGCCGAAGCUUGGAUGGGAGGUGGAGGCGAAAAGAUCUUCUUGUUGAAUAACAACAUUCUGGCAGGUUUGGCAGGUAUCACUUCCGAUGCCAAUUCUUUGGUCAACUUUGCCAGGAACAGAGCUCAACAAUAUUUGUUCUCGUACAAUGAAGACAUCCCUGUGGAGUUGUUGGUCCAGAGAUUGUGUGAUAUGAAGCAGGGAUAUACCCAAUUUGGUGGUCUUCGACCAUUCGGUGUUUCCCUCAUCUAUAUCGGCUGGGACGCUUUGUACGGUUUCCAACUCUAUCAAUCCGAUCCAUCUGGUAAUUAUUCCGGAUGGAAAGCAACUUGUAUAGGUGCAAAUCAUUCUUCCGCCACAAGUCUGUUGAAACAGGAUUACAAGGAUGAUUUGAGCUUGGAAGAUGCAAAGAGUUUAUGUUUGAAGACGAUGAGUAAAACUAUGGAUUCUAUUAAAUUGAGUAGUGAAAAGUUGGAAUUUGCAACCAUGACAUUACAUCCUGAGACUGGACAACCGUUAGCGAAGAUCUAUCGACCUUCUGAGUUGGACGAACUGUUGCGUACGCUAGAACUAGGUGGAACGAAAGAAGAACAGAUUGGGGUGGGGGAAGGUACUGGAGGUGGAGGUGGUGGAGAAGGUAAUGUUGCCAUGAGCACAUGAAGAGGUCGAGGUAUAGCAUGCAUCAUUGUAUACAAG